UAGAAAAAAAAAAACAUAAAAUAAAAAACCCAUCUCAAAUAUUUCCCCCCUGGUGUGACUACCUUAUUCAAUAUUAUUAUAUAUAUAUUCCUCUCAUCUUUGCACUUUUUGGGCUAAAAUUUUGUUUGUUUUCUCUCAAAAUCAUUAUUAGUAUUUUGUUUUGUCUUCUGUUAAUUGUACUCUACUGGAAGAAAAAGAAAAAAAUGUACCACAAAAAUAUUGGUCACCCUUGUUUGCAUUGCCAUCCCCAAAGCUAUAUUAGAAUGGUUCAACAUCUUAUUGAGAGAUGUAUGCUGCUUCAUAUGACUCGUGACCAAUGCAUAAGAGCUUUAGCUCACCAUGCAAGCAUUGGACCUCUUGUUACACUUACUGUUUGGAGAGAACUUCAAAAGGAGAAUAGGGAGUUCUUCCAUGCAUAUUACCAUUCUAUUUCUCCCAAACCCUUGACAAGUCAGUUCAAGGCCAAGCUGUCUCUCUCUUAUAAUAUAGCUCAGGCUCAAGGUCCCCCCACUUAGACAUAUGUAUCAAAAAUGGAAGUAAAGCUUUGUAAUCAGUAUAAUCACUAAGGACAGUUUUAACUAAUAUAAUUUGACCCAUUAAGAUCUUCAUUCUUUUUUCUUAGUGAAACAUGUUGAAUAACACUUGUGAAAAUAUGAUAUUUCUUUUUAACUCUUAAUAACCAAGAAACAAACAAGAACUAAGCAAGAUGUAAAGUAAUGCACCUCCCAAUGCAUUGUUUUGCAGAACAAUUAAUAGUAUUGGUUUGUGUGAGGUAAGACAAUAUUAAAUUUCAUAUGAAGACGUUGGAAUCCGAAGAUAGUGACAAGGUUUAGAAUUGGAUGAGUAAGAAAAUUAGUGUAAUGCAUUUAUUUCACUCUA